AUGUGCUCCCCACACUUGGGGUGCACUGGGCAGCAGCCCAAGGAUGCUCUGCCCUUCCACUGUGCCCAGUGCGACGCGCGCUUCAGCCUGCGGAUCCAGCUGCACACCCACCAGCGCAAGCACAGAGACCCCAGGCGCUUCCCCUGCAGUAAGUGCAGCCUCUCCUUCCCCAAGCGGUUUUACCUCCAGGAGCACCUGCGCCUGCACAGUGGGGAGAGGCCUUUCCAGUGCCCGCAGUGCCCCAAGAGCUUCCGCCGCAAGGCCACCUUGCGGGUGCACCAGCUCACCCACAGUGCCCAGAAGCCCUUCCACUGUGUACAGUGUAGCAAGAGCUUCAUCAAGCGGGAAAACCUGAUGGAGCACCUGCGCAUGCACAGCGGGGAGAAGCCCUUCCAGUGCCCCAAGUGCCCUAAGAGCUUUAGCCGCAAGCGUGCCCUCCAGGAUCACCAGCACAUGCACAGCGCCCAGAGGCCUUUCCCCUGCGGACAGUGCAGCAAGAGUUUCAUCAACCAGACCAAACUGACUGAGCACCUGCGCGUGCACAGCGGGGAGAGGCCCUUCCAAUGUCCACAGUGCCCCAAGAGCUUCCGCAUCAAGUGCUUCCUGCAAGUUCACCUGCGCAUGCACAGUGGGGAGAAGCCCUUCCAGUGCCCCAAGUGCCCCAAGAGCUUCAGCAACAAUGGCAACCGGCGGAAGCACCAGCUCACACACAGUGCACAGAAGCCCUUCCAUUGCCUGCAGUGCCCCAAGAGCUUCCGCCUCAAGUGCACCCUCGGGAAGCACCAGCUCACCCACUGCGCCUUUAAGCCCUUCCAGUGUCCCAAGUGCUCUAAGAGCUUCCGCCUCAAGCGCUACCUGCAGAAUCACCAGCUCAACCACAGCGCCCAGAAGCCCUUCCAGUGCCAACAGUGCCCCAAGAGCUUCUGUAGCAAGAGCAUCCUGCAGAGGCACCAGUUCACCCACAGCGCCCAGAAGCCCUUCCCCUGCAGCCAGUGUGGCAGGAGCUUCAUCCAGCAGGCCCAACUCACCAGGCAUCUCAGCCUGCACAGCGGAGAGAGGCACGUGCAAUGUUCCGCCUGUGGUAAGAGUUUCCUGGCCAGAGCUGACAUGAAGACAUACCAGCUGUUGCACGGAGGGGAGAUGCCAUUCUCCUGCAAGUGCGGCAAGGGCUUCACCAAGCGCUUCAGGCUGGUGGAACACAUCAGGACUCACAUCGGCGAGAAGCCUUUCCAGUGUAGCAAGUGCAAGAAACCUUUCCAGUGUCCCAAAUGCAACAAGGCUUUCCGCUUGAAGACACAGCUUGUCGGCCACCAGCGGGUACACACUGGGGAGAGCCCUAAGUCCAAACUCACUACCCACGUCAGAGUGCACACAAAACCCUGUCCUACUUCGAGGGACCCGAAGCCUGAUCCUGAAAUUAAGAAAGGCUAA